GUAUAGAUUUUUCGCUAGCACAGCUGAUACAGGUGAUGAUUCUCCUCGGCACAGGUGGGAAGAACGGAGGAGGAUACGAGGCCUCUAAAUACGUAGUUAUAGCUAUCCACGGAGGACUUCUCCUCUUGCACGCUGCCCUCAACAGUCUUCCCAUAUCGUUGCUAUCCUUCUUCGGACAGGUUGCUGCAGCUUGGAAUGUUUUAGGUGUCUUUGUUAUUAUGAUUCUCAUCCCGUUGGUGGCAACGGAGAAAGCUAGCGCGGAGUUUGUAUUCACAGACUUCAACACAGAAAACGGAAAAGGAAUCAACAAUAAAAUGUACAUAUUUGUGCUAGGGCUGCUCAUGAGCCAGUAUACCUUAACCGGUUAUGAUGCAUCUGCGCAUAUGGCGGAGGAGACGAAGGAUGCGGACAGGAACGGCCCAAAGGGGAUCAUAGUGCAAUCGGGAUAUCCAUAAUUGUCGGAUGGGGAUACAUACUAGGCAUCACGUUUGCAGUGACAAACAUCCCGAACCUUCUGAGUCCAGACAGCGACGCUGGUGGCUACACCAUUGCUGAGAUAUUCUACCAGUCUUUCAAGAACAGAUAUGGCAGUGGUGUUGGUGGGAUCAUCUGCCUAGGAAUAGUCUCCGUUGCCAUAUUCUUCUGUGGCAUGAGCUCCAUCACGAGCAACUCGAGGAUGGCCUAUGCCUUCUCCAGAGACGGCGCCAUGCCAUUCUCCGCGUUCUGGCACAAGGUCAACAAGCACGAGGUCCCCCUAAACGCUGUCUGGCUGUCAGCGAUCAUAGCCUUCUGUAUGGCGCUAACGUCACUGGGAAGCUUAGUAGCGUUUCAAGCGAUGGUAUCCAUAGCCACCAUCGGGCUGUACAUCGCAUAUGCUUUGCCGAUCUUCUUCAGAGUGACCCUGGCUCGGAAGUCUUUCAGACCGGGGCCAUUCACCUUGGGGAGGUAUGGAGUGUUCGUUGGAUGGACUGCGGUCCUGUGGGUGGCAACGAUCUCUGUGCAAUUCUCGUUGCCAGUGGAGUAUCCGAUCACGAAAGAGACACUGAACUACACUCCAGUUGCAGUUGGAGGGCUGCUGAUUAUAACAAUUGGUUCUUGGAUGGUAAGCGCUAGGCACUGGUUUAAAGGUCCUGUUACAAACAUAGGCAGCUGAAGUAGUUUGUGGUAUUUUUGUGUUAAGGUGGAAAUGUAUAUUGAUGGACACAAUCAUGCCUGUGCUUUUUGUAUCUUAGUGUUGUAGUCUAGUAUUGUGUUUCUUGACAAUGGGAAUUCUUAAUUUGUGAUCUAUUGUGAUUAUAAGUAA